AUGGUUCUAUGGACUUAUUUUUUUGUACCGACGCCGAAAACACAACUGGAAACAUGUCUUCAGUGGAUUAAAUCGCGCAGGAGGCCUCAAGACAAGUUUAACUUUCAUUGUAUCAACAAACAUAAGGCUGUGUACUCCAAGGUAAGGAUUCUAGGAGAUAAGGGUUCCAGGUUAGGUCUGUCUAUACAGUCUGACAGUUCCUUAUUCAGUACCUUGAUAGACCACAGGUACUUGGGCAAAUUGUAUAUGGCCCAUAGGGAUAUAAUUAUUGGGAAUAUGCCUGAAAAGUUCAACAAAUUCCUAAACACUCGAGUUAUCAUUGAUGGAACUGAAUUCAAAACCCAGGUACCGCAGUCUCAAAUGUACAGUGACUGCAAGUCAUUAUCAACUCUAAAAGGCCUUAGUGGCUGUUAUCCAUGUGGUUCUGUAAUAUUUGUGUCAGAGUUGUUUACCGGAUCCUGUUCAAAUAAAGAAAUAAUAGAAAGAAGGGCGUUUUAUGACGUUAACAAACAAUUGAAAAACAUUGGAUAUGUAAAAGAAGACAGUGAAGUGACUAAAAGAAUUGCCCGUCACCCUGAAAGAUUGAUCCGUAAAGUGAAAACCUUCAUAAUUUUAUCUAAUCGAAUUCUUACAUCGCUUUUCACAAAGAUUAAUGAGAUCUGGACAGUGUCUUGUUAUUUGACGUCAUUUCAGGAUAUGUCCAACAGAGACAUCAACCACAAAGAGGCCGUUGGGAACCAAGAAUUCACUCUGACAGAAACAGAAUGUUUCAACGACAGGCUGAUGUCCCUCACUCGAGAUUAUGAUGAAAUUAUACUUGUGUUUGACACAUACAGGGAUGAUUCUCCAAAGAGUGCUACGAGGGGUAAAAGAUGGCAAGAAAGAGCAACUGUCCAUUAUGAAAAUGGCUACCACACCAAGUCCGAUGGCCAGUUGAAACCAACCAUGACAGAUGCCCUUGCAGCUCCAAAGACCAUCAUUGAGAUGUGCAGCAGUGAUUGUCAGAAUGAUGACAGACAGAAUCAGUAUGAAACUGAUGAUGACGAUGAUGGUGAUGAUAUGUAA